AUGUGCGUGUGGGUGCAGGCGGGCGAGCGAGCGGCUUCUACAGUGAGACCGAAGCAGGAGCUCAGCCUUCGCCUGCGACCUGCGAUCCCCAGAUUCCCUGGGGACCUCGAAACUCCCAAUCGGAGGUACUCCCCCCGCCCCAUAGCCGCCCACCCAUUCCCUCCGCCCUUACCUCAGCACGCAGCCCCUCCCUGCGUGAUGUUGCAAAACCGUGGGGAGGGAGAGGGAGCCGAACGCGCAUUUAAAGCGAUAGCCAUCCUCGCUCUCUCCCCAGUGCUGGGCUGUUGGAGAGCUCGAGCUGCAAGCCACCGAGCGCGAGCUCGAGCGCGGCGCGCUGGCCGGGGAACCCGAGAGCGCACGGCGCCCCAAGCUGGUAGGCGCCGCGGGACCUCCCACCCUCGCCGGCUGCCCUUCCCCGGGCGCCCCUACCCUCCUCGCCCGCAGGAGACCCUGGGCUUCGCCGGAGGAGCUCACCCCAAGGGGCCAGGACUCCGGCGGGCCCGCCACCGUCCCCUCCAGUGCCGCCGCCACCGCCGCAGCCGCGGGAGCAGCAUGGUCCAGCUGGGGAAGCUGCUCCGCGCCCUGACUUUGAUGAAGUUUCCCUGCUGCGUGCUGGAGGUGCUUCUGUGCGCGCUGGCGGCGGCGGCGCGCGGCCAGGAGAUGUACGCCCCGCACUCCGUUCGGAUCGAGGGGGACGUCACCCUCGGGGGGCUGUUCCCGGUGCACGCGAAGGGUCCCAGCGGAGUGCCCUGCGGCGACAUCAAGAGGGAGAACGGGAUCCACAGGCUGGAAGCGAUGCUCUACGCCCUGGACCAGAUCAACAGCGAUCCCAACCUGCUGCCCAACGUGACGCUGGGAGCGCGGAUCCUGGACACUUGUUCCAGGGACACUUAUGCGCUCGAACAGUCGCUCACUUUCGUCCAGGCGCUCAUCCAGAAGGACACCUCCGAAGUGCGCUGCACCAACGGCGAGCCUCCGGUUUUCGUCAAGCCCGAGAAAGUAGUUGGAGUGAUUGGGGCUUCGGGGAGUUCGGUCUCCAUCAUGGUAGCCAACAUCCUGAGGCUUUUCCAGGUGGAAGGACUAUCUCCCAGUUGAACAGCGGAUGCCUGGGACUCGUUUCAUUGCUUUCAAAGUUCCUUUCAGAAAGGACUUACAAGAAAUUAUCCCUUAUUUAAAAAUUUGUACAAUUGGGCAUCUGGUGCCAGAUGAUCACACCAUUUUUAAAUUCCAAUGUGCUGUUAAAGGGUUUCUGAAAGAAAAUAAAGAUAAUGACAGGCUUAUUGGUGUCCACUGUACCCAUGGUUUAAACAGGACUGGCUACCACAUCUGCAGGAACCUCCAUACUGUUCUCCAUAGUGGCUGUAUCAGUUGACAUUCCCACCAGCAGUGCAAGAGGGUUCCCUUUCCUCACACCCUAUCCAGCAUUUGUUGUUUGUAGAUUUUCUGAUGAUGCCUACUCUAACCUGUCUGAGGUGAUGCCUCAUUGUAGUUUUGAUUUGCAUUUCUUUAAUAAUUAGUGAUGUUGAGCAGCUUUUCAUGUGCCUCUUGGCCAUCUGUAUGUCCUUUUGGAGAAAUGUCUAUUUAGGUCUUCUGCCCAUUUUUUGAUUGGGUUGUUUGUUUUUUUAAUAGUGAGCUGCAUGACCUAUUUAUAUAUUUUGGAGAUUAAUCCUUUGUUGAUUCGUUUGCAAACAUUUUCUCCCAUUCUGAGGGUUGUGUUUUCAUCUUGUUUAUAGUUUCCUUUGCUGUGCAAAAGCUUUUAAGUUUCAUUAGGUCCCAUUUGUUUAUUUUUUUUAAGGCUGCCUUGUACCUUUGCUCACUGAUGAACACAUAAAAGUCAGAAGUUUUUGAUAUUAUAAAACAUCAAAGUAAUGGACAUUCCUGUGUGAACAUCUUUGAAUAUAUAUGCUUUGUCUCAGUUAACUUCACUCAGAAUGGGACUUCUGCAUCAAAGAGUUGGUGCCCUUAUGCUUUUUGUGGUUGUUGCUACACUGUACCAAUUUAUGGUUGUUCAUGCAGGAAAUACUUACUGAGCAUGUGUUAUAUUUAAGCACUGUGCUGGGUGCUAGUAAAAAGACUUGUGAAAUUUCGUGAGUGAAGAGACUUGACCUCCCCUUUGUGAAUUCUAACAGUCCAGAGAGGGAAUAGAUAUUCAAGAAUUAUACACUGCAUGUAGAAUUACAUCUCUGACAAGUGCCAAGGAGAGGAACAUGGUACCAUGAGAGCAUAUUUUAGGGAGGAUUUGAUCUCAUCAUGGAGAUUAGAGAAGGUUUAUUUAGGGAUGUUUCAGCUGAUAUCUGAAGGUUGAGUAGGUAUUAAGCAGAUACGGACAUUGGGGACAGAUUUCUGAGCAUAAGGAAUAGCAGAAGACCCUAUAAGAGGAAAGCAUAUGGUGUGUUGGAGGAACUGGCCAGGAAGGUGGGGCUGUUGGGGGAGCAUGUGAUUAUAACGGAGCUACAAGUGUGGGCAGGAGCUCGAUCGUGCAGGCUUAUGUUUAAGGUUUCAGAAUUUAAGAGUAAUAGAAAACCAUUGAACUUUUUUUUUUGAGGUGAGUGUGUGGAACAUACCCAAUUGCAUUUUCAACCUAUCAUUUUGCUACCGAGUGGAGAAUACACUGCAGGGAGAAAGAGUGGAAGCGAGGAAACAAGAUAGGAGACUUUUGUAGAAAUUGGGCAUAAUGGUGGCUUGGACCAGGCUAUGGUGUGCAUUUUGGUGGAAAGAUGUAGGCAGUAUCAUUGUUAGCACUGGUGGUGGGCUGAGGAUGAGGGUGAGGGAGAAAUAGCUGUCAGUGAUGGUGAUUCCUAAGUUUCUGGCUCCUAUGGUUGGUUAGAUAGGGUUUUUAGAUAUGAUGUUAAUAUUUAUCCUAAUUUGUCUUUUGUUAUUUGUUGGUUCUUGAUGAAUACUGUGUCAUAUUAAGUCUCCUGUUUUGAGUGUACAAAGCAUUUUGACCAAAACUGACUGUUGUAUGUUAUCAGAUAACUUUUUUUUUUUUUUUUUGGUACGCGGGCCUCUCACUGUUGUGGCCUCUCCCGUUGCGGAGCACAGGCUCCGGACGCGCAGGCCUAGCGGCCAUGGCUCACGGGCCCAGCCGCUCCGUGGCAUGUGGGAUCUUCCCGGACCGGGGCACGAACCCGCGUUCCCUGCAUUGGCAGGCAGACUCUCAACCACUGUGCCACCAGGGAAGCCCUCAGAUAUUUGGUUGAUGUAGAAGGCAUGUGGCCAGAUGAUGCAAUUGGAUAAAAUUUUCACAGAAUCAAAACAUUUACCAGAGAGGCCAUAUUCCUACUCCUGGUCCCCACGGAGAGGACUGUUUACAAAGGAGGUACUCUUGGAAUGUAGAGCCAAACGCCAGUCAAGCAGCGCAGAACAGAAGGUGGUAUCCUGGCAAUUACUACAGACUACCCUAUCCGACCUAUUAUAGAUGAACCAAGUGACACAAGCCUACCCUGGAAAUCUACCUGGAGACAGAACAGGACUGAAGACAGCCAGAGUGAGGUUUUAUAAAAUCAGGUCAAAUGAGGUUUAUAAUCUAUUUUAGUGCUCCCUUAUGUGUUUGAGCUUAAGGAAAAAUUAUAUUGAUACUUAGCUCCGCUGAUAAAUUUGCAGUAUUUACAACAGUGAAGGAAAUAGUCUGUCAUUCUAAUCUUAAAUUUUUUUAAAGGAGGAUGAUAUUUUAGAACUGAUAAAAAGUAAUAAAGAACAUCGCUUGUA